UGGGUGAAAAUCGUAUUAUUAUACUAAUAGCUAAUAAUACAUCGUUACUAAUUCUAAUGUAGUAAAUAUGAUGAAUAUGCUGAUUUGUCGGUGUUUAUUUUGGGGUCAACCCGAUUAGGGUGCUCAGAUCUUAUCGGUGACAUUUCAGCCCUGGAACAAACAGGAAACGGAGUGGUCAUGUGACGUAGGGAUUGUUUUUCAAAAUAGCUUAGCUAGCUGAAGCUAUCUUAUAUACUACGUUAUUAUCAUUCACUUUUAUAACGCAGCAUAAUUUAAAUAAAUGUGAAUAUUAAACAUCUAGCAGAGUCAUGAAUGGGAGUACAAAUCCGCUCUUGGACAAAGAAGAACAUGUUUUGAAGCUCGGAGAGAGCUUUGAGAAGAGGCCAAAAUCAUCAUUUCACACCAUCAGAUAUGAUUUCAAACCAGCUUCAAUUGACACAAGCUGCGAGGGAGAGUUGCAAGUCGGUAAAGGAGAGGAAGUCACCAUCACAUUACCUCACAUUCCAGGCUCUACACCACCCAUGACAGUAUUCAAAGGGAAUAAGCGGCCAUAUCAGAAAGACUGUGUUCUUAUCAUCAAUCAUGACACUGGGGAGUACAUGCUGGAGAAGUUGAGCAGCAGUAUCCAGGUCAAGAAAACCAGAGCGGAGGGCAGCAGUAAUCAGGCCAGGAUUGAGCAACAGUCGGUGCGUGCCACUGCCACCCAGCCUCCAGCGCAGUUCCGUGCCCCCACUAAGCCUGCUGCAGGGGCCAAGACCUCCCCCUCCCCUUCCAAGGACAACCCCUCCCCUGAGCCCCAGCUAGAUGACAUCAAGAGAGAGCUGCGAGCGGAGGUGGAUGUUAUUGAACAAAUGAGCAGCAGUAGCGGCAGCAGCUCAUCUGACUCUGCCAGUGGCUCUGGUAGUGGGGACGACAGCUCCAGCAGUGAUGGGGAGCAUGACGCCCCUCAUCCCCAACCUGUCCCACUCCCUCUCAUCCAGCCCUCCCCCAACCCUGUGGUCAACGGAGGAGCAGACAGGCAACAGGGCAGCAACCAGCUGAUGAACACGCUCAGGAAUGACCUCCAGUUGAGCGAGUCAGGCAGCGACAGUGGUGACGACUGAACUGCCCCCAGUCUCUCUCCUGCCCUCUCUUUCUACCUCUCAUUAUUACACCAUCUUGCUUUCCUCUUUCUUCUCUUUGCCUGGUUCCGUUGUUUCGUUGCUGUGGUAACCAACCCAACUGUAAAGUCUGGUUUUAUUGUAUUUUUUAAUGUCUCUGUGAAGCCGGCGAACCUGGAGAUUUAAUAGUGUAUUUUUGAUUAGCUGUAUAUUUUGUUUUGUAUUUUUAAAUACUUUUACAUAUGAAAACAUGCUAAAGAAUAUAUAUUAGAAUGCAUGUACAUAUUUUCUGUAGUUAGAGCUCCUAGUUGUAUCAACUUGUAGCACAAGUCUUUGUUGUUUUCUUGUUUCAUCACAGGGGAUGAAUAUCACCCCCAUCUUCCCUAUUUAUCUGGAAUUCAAAAGAAGGCACUGAAAGCAUUUCACCCAUUCCAUGUUUUUAUCAGUAUCAUGACACUUUCAAAAAUCAGUCUUUGACGAGGCCAGGGUACAGCUCACAUCGAUCUAAGCUACAGAUGAUACAAAAGGACAUACUCAUAUUUUUUAUGUCAAAUCAGUUUCUAAAGUUUCAAUUGACCACUUAAAGGUUUUAGUUGGAAUAUUGACCUGUUCUGGUGAACAGGUAAAUAUCAGUAACAUGUAAAUGAGCCGGGGUCAAUCCUUUACAUGUCAAAGCACUUUAGUUUAAUUGUAAUAUCAACACUUUCAGCAGUUUCCCCCUAAAAUAUUUUGCAUUGCUUUUAACAGCACCUUUCUGAUCUUUAAAUGCAACUAACACCCAGUACUUUGAGUUCACCAUACCCUUUAUAGCUAAUAUUCUACUAUUUCCACAUCAAUCAUUUGACUUUCUGAUUCUGUCUCACUCAAUAGCUAGGUAUCCAUCCUAUUGGUGACAGAUUUUCAUGCAAAUAUUCUAAAAUCCGCAUUAAAACAAUAUGUGCACAUUCCCACCAGAGAUGUUUCCAUCACAUUGACUUGUUGCGGAUAACAGUCUGUGCGUGAUGACGUAGUGCACAUAAAAAUAACUUUUGCUGUUUUGCAGGUAGGCUAGUCUACAUGAUGCGAUUAUUACGGAUAAGAGCGUGAUUAUUUGUAUUUGUCAAACGGCAGCCAAGCAUCGAUCAUCAUGUCACCAGAAUAAGACCCUCGAUAUUUAUUGGAAAGGCUCAUCACCGUGCACUUUCACCACCCUGUGAAGUUUAUCAUUUAUUUCAUAUAGCCUAAUAAACUGCAAGCUUUCCUGAGUCGUAGUGGGAGGACCACACAAUAUCACAUGACUCCAAAUGUACUUCUAUAUGACAGUUAUUACAUCAAUAUUUGCACAUAAAUGCGUUUCCACCGAUAUUUCUCACAUAAUUCAUUUUACAGACAGAAAAAGAUCCCACCUUGUCUAGCGUAUUUAGUUUUGUCGAAAUUUGGAAAGUUUACCCACAAAUGUGGGCCUGUUGUGGCAUUUUUUUUAAAUCUGACUUUACUCGCAUAAAAAGGUUGGAUGGAAACCUGGUUACUGGCCCAACCAUAUAUCACUGUCCAAAGUUCCCAACCAUAUAUCACUGGGCUCGAUUCAGACCUGUGUAGACAUUUUUAGAAGUACCAAAGAAGCAAAACAAGUAGUUUUUAGAAUACAGACGCUGAACAUCUAUUUUUACUUAGAUCUAAGUCUAUUUUCAUUACACUGAGUUACUCAUAACAUGUAACAGCUGCUAUACAUUGACCACUUGUUUUUUCAUUAGUUCCAUAGAUUCAACAGAUUUGGAGUGAUAGCAAUCACAUUGGAUCACAUCUUUUAAUUUAGCAACUGUUGUGACAGUGAUCAAUAGCGCGCUAGAAUCUGCGCAGAUUAUUAUAGCAAUUGUGAAGAUCACCACAAACCUGCUGUGUUAUCAUGCUAUCUUGGAACAUGCACAAUUUCUAUUAUAACAGAAGAUAUUUAUAGUUACUGUAGGCUAACCUCAAAAUUUGGCCAUGGAUGUGUGUUACUCAUUUUAAGGUUGAAUAAAUACCUUUACAUUAGUUUGUAAAAUAGCCUUAACUUUAUGCUAUUUACUGUAUUCCAAAAGUCAAUCAAAUUUCAACAUUUUAAAGUAUCUAAUGCUUGGAUGGUUUCAGCUGAGCCACUGGCUUAAUCCUAUUCUUUAACUUUUAUUUUUGGUUUAGUUGGAGACGUGAAUCCAACAUAAUUUGUCGUCAAAUUAAUAGGCUAUUUACUGUAUUGCAAAAAUGAUAUUGAAUUGUGUUUGGUUGUCAACACAACCAAAUAUCAACAUUUGAAAGAGAUGUAUCUUUUUUGCCACUGACUUAGUAUGGCUUUAAUUCCAGUUUGUCUACAUGAAUUUAUGUCAACCAAAAAUCAAAAUAAAAGAAUAUGACUAAAUCAAAGUUGAAGUGCAUUUAAAGUUAGAUGUGAUUUAGUCCUAUUCUUUAACUUAGAUUUUUGGUUGAGAUGGAGACAUGAAUUCAACAUAUCAAUUAUUCAUUUGUAGACAAACUGGAAUUAAAGCCAGACUAAGUCAGUGGCACAGAUGCAACUAUCCAAUCAGAAGAUACAUCUCCUUCAAUUGUGCUAUUUGGUGACAAAUAUCAAAGCUAAGCAGGAAUGGGCUUGGUUAAAACCCUGGAUGAGGGACCAAAUGAAUAACUGUAUAUAGAUCAUCUCUCCAAUAGAAGGUGCUGCUGAGCCUAUUGUUUUUUCUUCUGAUAGUGGAUAUGUCGUUGAAGAUCUGACGUUGUUUCAAAGGUACAAAUUCAACAUAUUUUACACAAGGGUUGUUUUUGUUGAAAAGGGGUUACAACGAUGACAUAAUCCUGUGGUUGACAUUUCACCCUCAAAACAAUAGUUUUUUCAAAUCCAAUAUAUUUUCCACAUAGAUUCCAUGUUACAAUACAUUGACAAAUUUACGUUGAAACAACAUUGAUUCAACCAGUUUGUGCCCAGUUCGGAUGUGUGUUCAUAAGGUGCUUAAAUGGUAUUUAACUGGUGCUGUUGUGUGUCUGGGACAUGGGUAUACAGCGAUGGGUAUACAAAUGUAAUAUGUUUUGUUUUCACAGCAGUUUGGAACCAUGAACUUGGAUGGCUAACGCUAUUUCCAAUUUGUGUCUCUCUGGCAUCCAGUGUUAUUUCUGACCCAUACAGUUACUGUCCUAGUACAACCUCUCUUGCCACAUUUAUCAAAGUGGUUGACUUCUAUCUCUAGUUUUAUGUGCUUUGAGGUUUAUUAAAGUGUACACAUCUAUUUAAAUUGGAAUGAACUUUUUAUCAGUCAACCAAAAUAAAGGAAGAAAACCGUCA